CCUGCAGGGUUUGAGCCAACUGCCUGGCCAGGAUGAGCUGGAGUUUCCUGACCCGGCUCCUGGAGGAGAUCAACAACCAUUCAACCUUCGUAGGCAAGAUCUGGCUGACCGUCCUCAUCGUCUUCCGCAUUGUGCUGACGGCUGUGGGGGGCGAGUCCAUCUACUACGACGAGCAGAGCAAGUUUGUCUGCAACACGCAGCAGCCUGGCUGUGAGAACGUCUGCUACGACGCCUUUGCUCCACUCUCCCACGUCCGCUUCUGGAUCUUCCAGAUCAUCAUGGUGGCCACACCGUCGGUCCUCUACCUGGGCUUUGCCAUGCACCGCAUC